AAAUCAUCAUCUCCGUCAUCCAUCAUGCAUUCGAUAUCUUCGACCACGGAACUCAACCCCCAUCGUCUGCCGACCCCGGCUCAGACACCAUGCCGGCAUCACAACAGUCACCUACCCGGAUACCUAUCCGUACCGGGUCUCACGGCAAAUGGUAUCGGGUCCGAUCUUUCACUGAUAUCCGGUGUUAGUAACAUUCCCUUACAGCUCUUCAGCGAAGGGCAGCGCAUCACCGUCAAGGAGCGGGAAUUUCUCGAGGCUGCGGAGAAGGGCGACAAAGCCACCAUAGUUCGCUGCCUUCAGGGAGAGAAUCCAGUCAACGUGAAUGUCAGUAACCUCCUGGGGCGCAGCGCAUUGCAGAUGGCGGUAGAUAAUGAGAAUCUGGAGAUCGUUGAACUCUUGCUCGCACAGCCUGAUGUGGAAAUAGGCGAUGCUCUACUCCAGGCGAUACGCGAAGGAGUCUACCGCAUGGUAGAGAUGAUGGUAAACCACCCGAGUAUUUCCCGCCAGAUGCUCGGGGAAGGAUGGGCGUCGGCCAACAAGUCCCGCCACCAGGAGAGCUCGGACUACUCGCCGGACAUCUCGCCGGUGAUCCUGGCGGCCCACUGCAACCAGGUCAAGAUACUCCAGCUUCUCCUCACCCGUGGCGCCACCAUCUACAAGCCACAUCCGUGCGUCUGCGCAUGCGCGGUGUGUGAGGAGAAGCAAAAGCAGGACAGCCUGCGCUACUCACUGGACCGCAUCAAUACUUAUCGCGCCCUCGCGAGUCCGGCUUGGAUCUCGCUGACAAGUUGUGAUCCCGUUCUCACUGCCUUUAAAUUGAGCUGGGAGUUGCAGCGACUGGCCAUGCGGGAAAAUGAAUUCAAGGAUAUCUAUUUGACGCUCAGUGAGCAGGCAAAAGCCUAUGCCGUCGAUCUUCUCGAACAAUGCCGAAGCUCUGAGGAGGUCAUCGCCCUACUCGACAAGCAGAGCUCGGAGGAUGACGACGACGAGGGUUACGGGUCGGAUGAGAUGAACAGCGGGAAACUCACUCUAUCCCGGCUCAAACUAGCUCUGAAAUACGAACAGAAACAGUUCGUAGCACAUCCCCACACGCAACAGCUCCUGGCAUCUAUUUGGUACGAAGGUCUACGAUGGAGGCGGCGUAACUGGUUCGUCAAGAGCCUCAUCUGCUGCGCUUUGAUCUGCCUCUUCCCCAUCAUGGCCCUCUACUAUCUGUUAUUUCCUCGGACCCCGAUAGGGACGUUGCUGAGGUCACCGUUCAUGAAGUUCUUGAACCACAGCGCCUCCUUCAUCUUCUUUCUCCUCCUCCUCGUCAUGGCGUCGUCGACCGUCAGUGUGAACUCGGACCGGGGUCGCGCGCCGGACACGACCGAAGGUUUCAUCCUCAUCUUCGUACUUGGUAUGAUUUGGGCUGAAUGCAAACAGCUCUGGGAGGAAGGCCUUCGAGCUUACAUUAGGCAAUGGUGGAAUUGGCUGGACUUCAUCAUGCUUUCAUUAUACCUCUGCACAUUCAGUCUACGCUUGGUAGCAGCAAUCCAGAAUAAUCGUGGGAAGUACAACGACGGGUUGCACCGAGCAGACUGGCCUGCCGGCGACCCGACCCUCCUCUCCGAGGGCGUCUUUGCCAUCGCAAACGUGUUCAGUUUUGCUCGGAUCAUCUACCUCUUUCAGGCUAAUCCUUACUUAGGUCCACUCCAAAUAUCACUCGGCUGCAUGUUAAUAGACAUAGCAAAGUUUCUCCUCAUCUUUUUCCUCGUCCUCUGUUCGUUUGCAUGCGGCCUCAACAAACUUUAUUCAGACUAUCUGAGCAGUUUCAGAAAAAGGUGUACGGCCGAAGAAGGGGAGUACUGUUCGGCAUUGCAAAAUAACGACUUUGACGGACUCCCUAGAACAUUGCUAACUCUGCUAUGGGCGUUGUUUGGCUUGGUCCAGAACACAGCACCAAAACUGAACAAAGAGGAUUCAGACCAAGAGUACUUUGUCGAACAAGUUGGAGAGUUAUUGUUCCUGGUAUACCACCUGAUGUCAAUCAUAGUUCUUCUCAACAUGCUGAUUGCUAUGAUGAGCAACUCUUUCCAAAUUAUUGAGGACCAUGCUGAUCGGGAAUGGAAGUUUGCUCGGUCUAAACUUUGGAUGAGUUACUUUGAUGAGGGGUCCACGCUUCCCCCACCCUUCAACCUGAUCAUCAGUCCAAAAUCAAUACUCUAUGCUGCGAUGGCUUGCAAGAGGGUCUUCUCAUCUAGGGUCACAAAGAGCAAACACAAACCCAAACCAAGGAGAGACUGUUCCAUGAAUGACUCCAUGAAGAAUGUAGAUGGGUCUAUCGGACCGAACAACUCCCCUGAAUACCGGUAUCAAGACGUCAUGAAACGGUUGGUGAAUCGCUACAUCCAUCAGUGUAAAGCAGCUCGAAAAGCAGACGGCGUAAAUGAGGAUGAUCUCAAUGAAAUCAAACAGGACAUCUCCAGUUUGAGAUAUGAACUCCGUGAGGACCGGAAGAAAGAGGAAGCCCGCGGAAGCUCCAACAUGCACAACAUCCGACGAGAUAUUAUACGUAUAGUAAGAAGCACGAGCUCAACAACCGAGCCAACGAGUACAACCUUAGAUGUCCGAUCUCAACCCGGGAGUGCUACCAGUACAGAAUCCCUGCAUAGUCCCAACAAGGACACGAGUAGCACUGGUGCGUUAAGGCCGAUUCUACUUGGAAGCGGGCAAGGAAGUGCAUUUAGACGAUUUGAGGGCAUGGUUGGACGUGAAGGUGGAAAUACCAAUCCAAGCACUGUCAAUAUUGCAUAUGCACGUGACGACGGUGGACUAGAAGAGCUGGUGUCACGUGUCGAUCUCGAAACAAUGAAAAAGGACAUUUUGAGAGGGAUACAAACAGAGGUGCAGCAGUGCUUGCGAGAGGUACUCCUAACGCAGAGGCAUCUCCAGCAACGCCCGUCCAUCGAUGGGCUGACGUCCCCUCCUCCCCCGGUACCUCCUCCGCCUCUUGAUUUGGAAUUCACUGAUUUACCUCCCAAUAAUAAUGGACAGUAUUUUUCAUACAGGAAUGCAGCCUUUGAAUAUGACGAAGAAUUCAAAACAAAGAAUCCAACUUUGACUCAGCUCUGAACACGGCCAUUAAGAAAAACUCAAUGAAUGAUGCAUGAUUUAGUGGACUUAUGAAGAUAAACUGGAAUCAACUAAUCUGUAUUUUUAUCUGUGUCGUUAUUCAUCAAUCAUCAAACCAACUACUUUGCUGCGUUGAUUUGCCACAUAUGAAGAUUGAAACAUUUGGGAUACCUCAUCUAAUAAGAAAUCUUCGAACCAAAUGUACCUUGGGAAAACUUCUACAGUGCAUUGAUUAGCCAAGUCAUUUUGGAUAUUUUAUCGCAUAAGAAAUCUUUGAAUCUUAUUUUCAUUUACCUUGUGGAAACUUCUUCAGGGCUUGGAUGUGCCACAUAGUUAAGAAAAUUGUGCCAUUUUGGAAGUUUUCUCACAGAAGAACCUUAAACCUUAUGUACUUUGAAAAACUUCUUACUGGAUGGGUAUGCCACCUAGGAUAAUUGAACCAUUCAAGAUACCUUAUGACGAAAGAAAUCAUUGAGCAGUACAUACUUUAAGGAGGCUUCUUUAGAAGGAAAUUGAACCAUCUGGGAUGUUUCAUCACCAAAAAAAAUCCUUAAAUGCUAUGUACUUCUAGAAAAUCCCUUCAAUGCACGGAUAUACCACAUAAGAGCAAUUUUUUUGUUACUUCAAGAAAACUUAUUCAGUGUGUAUAUAUAUAUAAUAUAUAUCGCAUAGGAAAAUUUAACCAUUCAAUAUCCUUAUCACAUAAGAUAUCCUUGAACUUUAAUAGCGUACAAAAUAGGAUGUUCCUUUGGUUCACCGUAGAAAGUUUCUUUGCUUCAUUGAUAUGCCACAUAUGAAAACUGAGCCAUCUUACCAUAUAAAGAAUUCUUACAUUCGAUGUACAUUGAGGAAAAUUGUUGUUUGCCAGUUUGGUGUCAAUUUUGUGUUAUAUGUGUGAGAACAAAACUGUGUAACUGUCUUUCAGUUAUUAUUAAGGACCAAUUUAUUCCUAUAAAGGGUCAGUUCCCUUUACCAAAAAAAGUUAGAUUCACUUUGCAAUUUUAAAAAAGAUUGUUAGGUGAUACAUUGCAUGUGUUUUAUAGUUAUGGUCAAUGCAACUUAAGAAAGUCAUGAAAAGAGUUGUUUACACUGCUUACAAACAAUAGCCAACUUUAACCCUAACUAGAGCUGCAUGAGACUUUGCGUUAAGGGAACACCACCCUUCAUCCAAAGCCCUCUACUCACAGUUUCGCUGGAAAGGUGCGUUGGGAGUGUUCACUCGUGUUUGUUAUGUAAAUCUCUCACCGCCCCUCCUCAGCUCAUAUAUGUCUCUCCCCUGAUCCAUCUGCUUCUAUAUUCCUGUAAUUCCGUCUCUCUGCUGCCAAUGGCAUCCAUCAUAUCUCUUUCUGUUUCUCAGUCUCUCACUCCCCCUCUGCUUCUCUUUCCUCUGUCCAUCUCUUUCUUGCCCCCCCCUCUCACUCUCUCUCCUUCUCUUUCUUCUGUCAAUCUCCCCCCCUCUCUCUCUCCCUCUCUCUCUCUCUUCCAAUGCCUCUCAUCCCAAUCGGACCCUAUUCCAAUAAGGAGGUUUCAAUUCGGAAAUUUUGAAACCAUGGCUGGGGCCACAUUCAUUCGUUAUUCCGCAGCUUCGUUAUUCCGAAGGUUCGUUAUUCCGAAGGUUCGUAUUUCCAAAGGUUCGUAUUUCCGAAGGUUCGUA